ACGCCACACAGAAAGCAGCCGCCACCUCUCUUUCUCUCUCAGGUUAUCAACCCUUCUAUGGUUCCACAAAACUACUGAACGAUGCAGGAAGAGAAGUGCUACCGGUUAUGGUCUUUUCGGGAUGAAAUGGGAUUGCAGCAACAUUUUCUUCUUUUUUGUUGAAAUUUUCUAUAUCCAAAGGUCAGUAGUGUUGGUGCUUUGGUUCUUGGCACUGCUCUUUUAUCCAAAUUCGACUUUGUAGCAUAUGAUAUAAUGUCAUAAAAAUAUUAGCUUCGAGAUUUUUAGUUGGGCUGGUUCUUGCAAUUUCAUAUAGCUGUGGUUGGUAUGUUGUUUUGUUUGCAGACAUGAUGAUCUUGUCAUGCACAGAAAGUUCAUGGAAAAUUUGCCUCUUUCAUUUUUCGGGUUAGAGUUUCUUGAUUAUGAGCUAUUCAACUUUAUUUGCAGAAUAUGUUACGAGCAAAGCAGAUCGGUACCCUUUCAAGCAGUGCUAGGAGUUUUUUUCUUAGUGGUUCAAGAUGUAAUGCGGCAGAUGGCAACUCAUGCACUUGCACUGAGGAUGAAACGUGUCUGUCAAAAAGACAGCAGAAAAGAAAUGAAGUUUUACUUGUGCAGAAGCCAUCCUCCUUAGUAUCCAAAACUACAUCUCGAGUAGAAGGAACCUUGGUUGCAGGAAACUCAGCAAAUGGGCCGGUUUCCCACAAGGCUGAGGGUGCUAAUCAAUCUGGUCAUGUACAAGAAGUUAGGUCUACUUCAUUUCCAUCAAGUAAACCAGACUCUGUAACAUAUGCCUGUGUUGUUGAUGGUGCUCAGAACCAUGUUUCACACUCAUCUCCUAUUAAUGCUGACCAGUUUUAUAGGGCCGGUUUUGCAGCUGUCAAUUUUCUUUCUGAUUUAGUUAAUUAUAAGCUUCCUGUAUCAGAUGGGAUGGGAAUACUGAGCUACUCUAAUAAUUGCAUGGUUGAUCCCGCCAGAACCCUACCCAAUAUCAGAUCUUCCAAUGUGAAACAAAUUAAAAAGGAGGACUUUACCAGUAUUCAUCCCAAACCAGCUGUUUCUACUCAUCCAGGGCCGUCGAACCAUUCAAGUAAUUAUCAUGGUGCAAAGGGAAAAGGUGAUAAAUCAAAUAUAGGUAAAGGCUUUAAGCAUGUUGCUUCUUCAGGGACAGAGAAGUCAGGGGUGGCUCCUAAUAUUCCUUUAAAUAAUCAUGACCGCAAAGCCUUGCCACCAAGAACAAAAACUCAUUCAAACGGCUAUGUGACAAAUUUUGGUUCCAACACACAAACUUCAAAUCCACAGAUGUUGGGGUCAUUCAAGGAAAGUUUCAAUAAACAGCCCAGGGAUCUGAAAUUGCCAGCUGGAAUUGCUCCAACAAACAGGCACUAUGCAAACAAUGGGCGUGUUGUGGAAGUGGUUAAAGAUAUUCUGCAACAGUUAAAGUGGGGUCCUGCCACGGAGAAGGCUCUUUAUAACCUGAACUUUUCAAUAGAUGCAUAUCAAGCAAACCAAAUCAUAAAGCAACUUCAAGACCAUUCAGUUGCACUAAGUUUCUUUUACUGGUUAAAGCAACAACGGGGUUUCCGGCAUGAUGAACAUACUUACACAACCAUGGUUGGUAUACUGGGCCGGGCGAGAAAGUUUAGUGCAAUAAAUGAAUUGUUAGAGCAGAUGGUUAAGGAUGGAUGUCAGCCUAAUGUUGUAACUUACAAUCGUCUAAUUCACAGCUAUGGCCGUGCAAACUACCUAAAGGAAGCGCUGAAUGUGUUCAAUCAAAUGCAGAAGGUGGGAUGCGAACCUGAUCGUGUCACUUACUGCACGCUGAUUGAUAUCCAUGCAAAAUCUGGAUUUCUUGAUGUGGCAAUGUCUAUGUAUGAAAGAAUGCAAAAAGUUGGCCUUUCUCCUGACACCUUUACUUACAGUGUUAUAAUCAACUGCCUUGGAAAAUCUGGUAAUUUAGCUGCUGCCCAUAGGCUAUUUUGUGAGAUGGUUGAUCAGGGUUGUGUUCCUAAUAUUGUCACCUACAAUAUCAUGAUUGCUUUGCAAGCUAAAGCAAGAAACUAUCAGACAGCAUUGAAUCUAUAUCGUGACAUGCAGAAUGCAGGAUUUAAACCUGACAAAGUUACUUAUAGCAUUGUAAUGGAGGUGCUUGGCCACUGUGGGUAUCUUGAGGAAGCAGAAGCAGUUUUUGUUGAGAUGAAACGGAAAAAUUGGGUUCCGGAUGAACCUGUUUAUGGUCUUCUGGUAGACCUGUGGGGAAAGGCUGGUAAUGUUGAGAAGGCUUGGGGAUGGUAUCAGGCGAUGCUUAGUGCAGGUUUGCUUCCAAAUGUACCAACAUGCAAUUCCCUUCUCAGCGCAUUCCUCAGGAUGUAUAGGUUACCAGAUGCAUAUAAUCUUCUCCAUAGCAUGGUGGCUCUUGGCCUAAGUCCUUCUUUGCAGACCUAUACUUUGCUUCUCAGUUGUUGUACAGAGGCACAAUCACCAUAUGAUAUGGGUUUUUGUUGUGAGCUUAUGGCAGUUACUGGCCAUCCUGCGCAUGCAUUUUUACUGUCCAUGCCAGCAGCCGGACCCGAUGGUCAAAAUGUGCGGGAUCAUGUAAGCAAAUUCUUGGAUCUGAUGCAUUCCGAGGAUAGAGAGGGGAAACGAGGUCUUGUAGAUGCAGUUGUGGAUUUUCUUCACAAAUCUGGGCUCAAGGAGGAGGCUGGUUCAGUUUGGGAGGUGGCUGCACAAAGGAAUGUGUAUCCAGAUGCUGUCAAGGAGAAAAGCUCUUGUUAUUGGCUUAUAAAUCUUCAUGUCAUGUCUGAUGGAACUGCUGUAACAGCAUUGUCACGAACACUUGCUUGGUUUCGCAGACAGAUGCUGAUAUCUGGGGUUGGCCCUAGCCGGAUAGAUAUUGUCACUGGAUGGGGUCGUAGGAGCAGGGUGACAGGUUCUUCCCUUGUGAGACAGGCAGUGCAUGAACUGCUGCAUAUAUUCAGUUUCCCAUUUUUCACUGAAAAUGGCAAUUCCGGGUGUUUUGUCGGAUGUGGGGAGCCUCUUAAUCAAUGGUUGCUCCACUCUUAUGUGGAACGAAUGCAUUUACUCUAGUUUGUUAUUGUAGAACCAUUUCCCCUUCAGCUUUGACACAAUUUUGCUGCGGGAAAUGAGCUUGGAAUGUAAUGUUUUAUGCACUAUUCUAACACUAGUGUGCAUUUAUCAAAGUUUAUUUAUUUCGGAAUGCUUGAUGGUAGUCUUUGA